ACAGUUAAACAAACUGACGUAAACAUAAAUAGCUGUAUGCCUAGAACAACAAUAAUGGAUCCUCUUGCUGUUGGAGGGGUAAUCGGAGAUGUUGUUGAUCCUUUUGUAAGUUGUGUUUCUCUGAGGAUUGUAUAUCACAAUAACUCAGAAGUUGUUAAUAGUUUGGAGUUGAAGCCAUCCCAAAUUAUCAAUCAACCAAGAGUUGACGUUGGUGGUGAUGAUUUUAGAACUUUUUACACUCUGAUAAUGGUGGACCCUGAUGCACCUAGUCCUACUCAUCCAAAUAUGAGAGAGUAUUUGCACUGGUUGGUAAUGAAUAUCCCAGGGACGACAGGAACGAGCUUCGGACAAGAGAUAGUUGGAUACGAAAGCCCAAGACCAAUAGCAGGAAUACAUAGAAUGGUGUUUGUGUUGUUCAAACAAAUGAGGAGGCAAGAAGUGAUUCACCCUCCAAGAUGGCGUAACAACUUCAACACUCGUGACUUCGCACAAGUGUACAAUCUUGGAUCUCCUGUUGCUGCUCUCUACUUCAAUUGCCAGCGGGAGAGCGGUUGGGGUGGAAGGAGAAUCAUCAUUUAGCUUGCUUCCAGCUUAUCAACGCAAAAAUGGGCUUAGGCCCACCCUUAAUUUACCAAAAUGGGCUUUUUUAUUCAUAAGUUCUAAAACACUACUCGUUUAAAACCUAAACCCAUCACCAAAAUUCGGCCUCUAUCCUUCAACAAAAAUAAGAAAACUACUGUUAUUUUCUUUAUCGUUAUUAUGACCCAUAACUAUAUAAUAAUAAUACUCAAAAGGGUCUGAAAGUUGUACUAGUUAUAAGUUAUUGAAUUAAACAAGGCACUGAUAAAUGUGUCAAGAAUGUGUGGGUGUAUUGUAUACCUAAGAUUAAGAGUUGUCCAAUCUAUUAGGAUACUUAGGAUUGGAGGUUGUCCAAUCCACUGACCAAUAAAAAAAGAAAAAAAAACAAGGCUGAUAAAGUCCUUGUAUCAAUGGUAGCAUUACCUGCCUCACUAGAAGCUGUACCUAGGAUCAAAUUCUCAAUGAGAAAUAUAAAAUUCAUAUUAGUAGUAAUAAUGUGUGUGAAUGAAUGUGUGUUGUGUAAUGUAUAAGAACUAAAAAAAACAAGGCA